AUGCUCGAUCCUGCUCGGUUACGCGUAAUGCCGUGGAACGAUGGACGACGGGCCUCCGAAAAGUCUACAACGCCUACGGUCCAGCCGAAUGUGCCAUCGUCUGUGCGGGCAACCAGAUCGACGGCCACGACGACCUGGAUAAAAGCGGUUGCAUCGGAAAGGCCACCGGGGCUGUUUUUUUGGCUGGUGAACCCCAGGGACGAAACCCGAUUGGCCCCGAUCGGAGCCGUCGGCGAGCUGCUCAUCGAGGGCCCCACAUUGGCACGUGGAUAUUUGAACGAUCCCGUGCUGACGGCGGCAUCCUUUAUCGAGGAUCCGCCCUGGCUGCUGCGUGGUGGUGGUGGUGGCGGCGGCGGCGGCGGCGGCGGGGGCGACGACCUGCUCGGCGGCCACCACCCGGGCCGCCGCGGGCGCAUCUACAAGACCGGUGACCUGUCGCGCUACAACCAAGACGGCAGCCUGACAUAUGUGGGUCGCAAAGAAGACAACCAGGUCAAAAUCCGUGGACAACGCGUCGAGUUGGGCGAGGUCGAGCACCACCUGCGGGCUUGGGUGCCAGGGAUUCGCCAGGCUGCCGCCGCGGUCAUCACGCCACAGGGCGAGGGAGCCAGCCACAUGUUGGCAGCCUUUCUCCUUCUGGUGACCACGUCGGGUAAGACGGACCGCGGCAAACUGGGCGAGUUUGGUGCCGAGUUCUCCGCUGCCGAGCUGGCCGAGCUCCGAAGCGACGUUGACGGCGGCGACAGCGGCGGGGGUGCGCGCAACGGCAACAAGAAGCCGAAGAAGCGCAUGCCGGCGACCGGUGAUGAGCGCACGCUCCAGCAGAUUUGGGCUCGCAUUCUAAACCUCGACCCUGCAAGCAUCGGGGCCGAGGACAGCUUCUUCCGCCUCGGCGGGGAUUCCGUCAGCGCCAUGAUGCUCGUCGCCGACGCCCGGCGCUCUGCCAACAUGACGCUGUCUGUGGCCGACGUCUUUCGUAACCCGCAGUUGACGGCACUUGCUGCUGCUGCUGCUGCUGCCGCUGCCGCUGCCGCCGCCAGCCUCUCACCACCUGAUCACGGAGCAGCGUCGUCGCCAGAGCACGUUGUCGUCGAACGUUUUGCUCUUUUAUGCAGCAGCAGCGGCGGCUCGGCAGAUGACGACGACGACGACGACGACGACGACGACAUAUCAACAUGCCACCUCAUCGAGGACGCUUAUCCUUGCACGCCGCUUCAGGAGGGUCUCUUGGCCCUCACCACCAAGUCGGUCGGGUCCUACGCCAUACGCAGCGUCGUGGAGUUGCCACAAAACGUCGAUGUGGACAGGUUCAAACGAGCCUGGGAGACGGCCGUGCGGCGGUUGCCCAUUCUCCGAACGCGGAUCGUCGAGCACGGCAGAUCUGGUAAGCUUGUCCAGGUUGUUGUGAACGAACCAAUUCAAUGGGUGGUCGGGGCGCCAGCAAGGAGCUUUGAGCAGUACAUGAAAGAGGACGCAGCAGCAGCCUCCCCGAUGGGUCUUGGUCAGCCGCUUUCACGCUACGCUCUCGUGCGUGCCGGCGGCGGCGACCACGACGAGGUCGGACGUCUCGUCUACUUUGUCUGGACCCUACAUCACGCGCUGUACGACGGCUGGUCGAUACCUCUGGUGCUGGAGCAGGUGCAGGACGCUUAUUAUGCCCAAGAAGCCACCUUUCACCCCAGUCCUACCCCAGAGACCAUGCCUUUCCAGGGUUUCAUCAGAUACUUGGCCGCCAUGGAAUUGCAGUCUUCUAGUCGGUAUUGGGAGGCACAGCUGGCCGACAGUGAGGCGGCGCUGUUCCCUACAUUGCCGUCGCCCUCGUAUCAACCACGAGCGAACCAGCUCUUGCAAGCCAGCAUCAAGGGCUUCUGCUGGCCGCAGCACAUGGACGUUACGCCAUCGACCCUUCUCCGAGCCGCCUGGGCCAUCGUGGUCAGCCGCCAGACCGCGUCGGACGACGUUGUUUUCGGAGUGGUCAACAGCGGACGACAAGCACCGGUGCCGGGGAUAGAACGGAUGGUCGGGCCAACCAUCGCCACGGUGCCCGUUCGACCCGAGCUUUCCAACCUGGCCGUGGACCAAGUCGAAACCAUAGAUGAGCAAGACCUGCGGCAGAUCUGGGCCUGGAACGCCGACGUGCCCGAAACGAUCGAGGCCUGCGUGCACGACCUGUUUACCCAACGAGCUCGUCGGCAGCCCGACGCUCCGGCCGUGUGCGCCUGGGACGGUGAGCUGACCUACGGCCAACUGGACGCAAUGUCGACGCGGCUGGCGCACCGUUUGGCCGGGCUCGGUGUCGGGCCCGGCACCAUCGUGCCGCUGUGUUUCGAAAAGUCCAUGUGGACGUCGGUGGCCAUGCUCGGGGUGAUGAAGGCUGGGGCGGCGUCGGUGGCCAUGGACACGACGCAGCCCACGGCCCGGCUGCGAUCCAUCGUGGAGCAGACCCUCUCGCACAACCCCUCGUCGCGGCGGCGGUUGAUCGUGUCGUCCAUGGCGAAUCGAGCAUUUGCGGGUGAAUUGAUGAGCCAGGUGGCCGGCGACGACGUUCCUGUGGUGGGCGUCCCGAGUCAAGAGGAUCGCGUGACGAACCUUUCCAAAGCCAUCAGGCAAACCGCAGCCAAUUUCAUAUCAAUCCCUCCCUCGGCCGUCCGGGUGUUGGAUGAUGCAGAUUUCAAGCAUAUCAAAACCGUCGUUCUUGGUGGGGAGAUGUUGGCAGCGAGCGACGUAAAUGUCUUGUUGAAAAAGGCAGCAAACGCCAUAAAUGCUUACGGUCCUGCAGAAUGCACCGUUAAUUCCACCAUCCAAAAGGUGGCGGUAGACACAACAAACUGCCCAGGUAAUCCUGGCAUCGGUUGUGGACACGGAGCAGUAACAUGGGUUGCCCGACCGGACGGUAAAAGUUUGGUAUCGAUUGGUGAAAUCGGGGAACUUUGGAUCGAAGGCCCAGUGGUGGGUCAGGGGUACCUGGGCGAUCCCCAAAAGACGGCAGCUUCAUUCAUCCAAGACCCAGCAUGGCUCGUCCGAGGAGGACCUGAUGGUUCGCCCGGCCGUCACAGCCGACUAUAUCGCACGGGAGACCUCGUCCGGUACGAUGCCGACGGGGUGCUCCAUUUCGUCGGGCGCAAAGACGACCAGGCCAAGAUCCGAGGCCAGAGGUUCGAGCCUGGCGAGUUUGAGCACCAUCUGAAGCAAUGCAUCAUGGCCACUCACCCUGGCGUCGGUGUGGUUGUCGUAGUGGUUCAGCCGGACAAAAGACAGACCAAGGUGCCGGUGGCAAUCCUGGCUUUGGAAAUAAAGCUUCCCACAAACCGCGACGGGCAAAAGACGGACCGGCGUGGCUUGCGCGACAUGGUCGCGGCCGAGGAUAGCUUCCUGCGCAUCGGUGGCGACUCGAUCGCGGCCAUGCGGCUGGCUGGGCGGGCGCGCGAGCAGGGCCUGCUGCUGACGGUGACGGACGUUUUUCGAUGUCCCCGGCUUCAGGAUCAAGCACUUGUCAUGCUUUCGUACGGCCACGUCCAAAACCUAGACAGCGCGCGGACUAUCCUUCAUCCCGACUUCGAGAUUAUACCGCACCAGCCACAGGUCAAGGACAUUGGCAACGGCCGGGUUGCCGAGUACGAGGGCCUGCACGACAGCCGCACCAUCGGACGUUUCCACGCCACCCACGUUUCGCCAGAUAGCGACCACGAAUUUACGCGCUUUUACCGCUGGCACAUUGAAGCAUCGCUGUGCGGCUUUGCGCCCCCGACCGUAAUCACACUCCUCGCAGUGAGGUUGCCGGGCGGACGACGCCAGGUCUGCCGCUACGACAAUGGUUCCAACGACCAGCUCAAAGCGCCGUUCGGAAAUACCGCCUUUGUUAGCGGCGAGGGCAUUUAUAACGACCUGUCCAAGGCGCACAAACAUUUCGUGCGCACUACUAGGAUGGAAUAUGCCCCGCAUCCAUACAAUUAA